AUGCCACUAGUCAAAUCAGCAGACGUCUUUAUAGAGAGAUCACUCCAUCUCCUGGAAACAAACCCAGCAUCCACUCGUAUCUCCAUAACGUAUGGUUCUGAAUCCAAAAGACAAUCAAAGAAGAAACAACACAAGAUAACAAAACCUGAAACUACGUCCUCCUCUGAAAACAAAUCUUUUGUUUCUUUCAAAACAUAUGAUCCAAUAUCUGGUCAACUCCAUAAAUUGAAAACUCACAAGACUAAAGAAUUAUCAAAAUUAUUAACUGCAUUGGGUCCUCAUGGUGUCUCUAUUCCAAAACCUAUAAAGAAGGCUGAUACACAACAAAAAGAGACUAUUGAACAAGUUCCAAUAAAAGGUUUCAGUACCAUAUUAACAAAUACUGAGAUUCAAGAAGAAUUAACUCCUGAACCUGAAAGACCUAAAUCUUCUGAUCAGCAAAGUAAUAACAGUGCAAGUGCUAGUACCACUACAGGUGGUGGUUCUAAAAAGAAUAAAAAGAAGAAAGGUAAACGUUAA